UUGCGUUGCAGACCAGCUGAUCACUUGUGGCGCUACCAUUCGAUUGACCAGAUCAUGGGUGUGGUGAUUGCGCAGGUUUGCAUUGUGAUGCUGGCGGCCUCGGUGCUUGGAUUCAUAUCCUACUGUAAGAAGCGACCCUCGUCCAGCACCAUGGAAGAUUACUUUUUGAUUGCUCCGGAGCUCCAGAAGCUUGAGAUAGAAAAGGCAUCUAAAAGGUUUGGUGCGGGGUUUAUCAUGAAUAGUAGCCGGAUUCGAAGCUUUUCGGCUGGAUUGAAGGAUGAUUCUAAAAAGCCGGAAAGAUAUUUCUUGCUUCGUCAACGAUUCAUGGAUGUGUUUUUCCUGGACUCCAACGGAUUGGUUGCCGGGGAGACUUUCGAUCAGCUCAACUGGCUAGAACACGUCCUUGCAAGUAGCUCGGCUAGCUGGCGUGUGAUUGUUGGUCAUCACGAUUUGGAGGAAAACAGCAAUGCGUCGUUGAAAAACAUGCUUCUUCCGCUUUUUCUGCGGCAUGAUGUGGUAAGCAGUGUAGUCGACGAAUAAUUCAGAGGAAGGUAUCAUUUUGGAAGA